AUGUCGAACCCACCUCAACCCACCAUUCUCCCCGCAACCAAAUCUUCAGUACAGAACUGCACCAGUGUCAGUGAAUACUGCCCGGUCGACCUCACCAUCUACGGCUACUACCCCAAUCUUGGCGCAAAUGCCUUCUUUUGUGCCUUCUUCGCACUCUGCCUGGGCAUCCAAUUGGUCCUCGGCAUAAGAUACAAGACAUGGACAUACCUGGUCGCAUUGGGCUUUGGUUGUCUCGGAGAAGCAAUCGGCUAUGUCGGAAGAAUAAUGCUCCACAGCAACCCCUGGUCGAGCAACGGAUUCGAAAUCCAGAUCUGUUGUCUCAUCAUCUCCCCUGCCUUCAUCACCGCCGGUGUAUACCUCACCCUCAAACACAUCGCUCUCGAGCUCGGCGCCAAUUUCUCCCGCAUCCGACCUAAGUUCUACACCUGGAUCUUCUGCCUCGCCGACCUCUUCUCUCUCAUCAUACAGGGAGCCGGCGGGGGAUUGCAGCUACAGCCAAUAACGGCUCUUCGCUGCAGAAUGUUGGCAACGAUAUGA